AUGAUGAGUAACGAUUAUGAUCUUGAUUUUCUCGAUAGUGAUAGUGAGGCUAAGAAUACUUAAUUUUUAUAAUAGAGUAUGCUGUAGGAAGAAGCUGUCUCUCCAAAUAUUUUUGCAGUUAUCAUAAUUCAUUAAUAGAGCAAUAACAUUCAAUAGACUAUCUCAAGAAGAGACGUUAUAGCAGCUAUAGAACAUAUUGUAAAGAGAAUAUUCUAAGGGGAAAUGGUAAUUAACAUGUCUAAUAAUAGAAAUAAAUAAGAUCAAUAGAUGUUAAAAUUGAAUCUAUACUAUCAACUUCUGUUUAAAAGGCUUGUUGUCUGAUUUAAGUCGAUGAAAACAUAAUUCAAUAAUUAAAAGAAUAUAAAGUGCCUUUCUAAUUUAGUGACAAAGAUCAAUAAAAGGAGUAGAAUUCGAUUUUUGACGUUACAUUUUUUGACUUCAAUUAAUUUAAUGAAUGCGAUCUACUGAGAAAUGGAAAAUUUGCUAAAGAAUUUGCUGUGAUCAACUAAUAUUAAGAGUCUUAAAGGUUUACAUCCAUAAUCUUGUCGAUCAAUAAAAUGGAUUAACAGAUUUAUGCAAUCAAAAAAGUAAGAAUAAUUGGGGAGUUUACUUGGUAAAAAUUAUACUAUAAUAAAAUUACUCAAAUCAGAGAAGUCAAAGCUAUGCUACGACUUCAACAUCCAAAUGUAAUUAGAUUAUAUAGUUGGUGGAUCGAAGAAGAAAUUAGAGAAAGACAUCAAAAAUAUUUUUAUCUUUAUUAGCAAUAAGAAUAUGAUUCAUAUUUAGGUUGCAAUAAUUUAUUCUAAUAUAGUAUGAAACACUUAUCAAAAGCAUCAGCAAAUGUGAAAAGAAAAACUAUUUAAUCUUUGAUUAAUUAGUUAAUUUCUGGAUUGGAAUACAUUCAUAGUUAAGGGUUCUUUCAUAGAGAUUUAAAGCUAGAAAAUCUUCUUGUUACUAAAGAUAAUGUUGGAGAAAUAGCUCUAAGAAUUUGUGAUUUUGAUUGGAGCAAAUCUCAUUAAAAUGAUGAUGGAUAAAAUAAUAAUUAGUUAAUAUUUAUUAAAGAUUAUGGAACUACAGAACUCAAAGAUGGGAUAUAAAGGAUAGAAAUAGUUUAUGAUGCAAGAGAAGAAUUGUUUUAAGUUGGAAUAAUUAUAUUGGAUCUUUGUGAUCCAACUUUAACUAAAUAGGAAAGAAUUUAAAUUCAAAUGAAUGCAACAAAUAAGUAAAAUCUAAGUCUAUUUUAUAGUUUAUUUAGAUCCCAUAUUCUAUAAAAUUAUCAACCUGAGUUACUAAUUAUUUAAGCAUUACUUAGGAAAGAUUUUUAAUCGGUAUAAAAUUUUAGAACAUCACAACUUUAUAAACAAUACAUGCAAAUGUGA